AUGUACGGCAUAAUAAUCGAGAAUGUGGCGGAAUACGUUCGGCACACGUACAGCGAGGAGACGUGGGAGGAGGUGCUCAAAGUGGCCGGCAUGACUUACAUGUACUUUAACGUCAACCAAGUGUACCCGGAGCGUAUGAUGCCGAAGCUGACGAACGCGGCCAUGCAAGUGCUCGGCGUGACGGAAUCCGAACUCUUUGAAAGAUUGGGCCAUCACUUUCACAGCUUCAUCACGCAGCACGGCUACGACUCGAUACUCAACGUGCUCGGCCGCCACGUGCGCGAUUUUCUCAAUGGCUUGGACAAUUUUCACGAGUACUUGAAAUUUUCCUAUCCGCGCAUGAUAGCCCCGUCGUUUUCUUGUGAAAAAGAGACUCGCGAAGGGCUCAUACUGCACUACAGAAGCAAACGAAAAGGCUUAAAGUACUACGCGUUGGGAGUGAUAAAGAAGGUCGUCACGGGCAUUUACGAAAAAGACAUAGAGAUCGAGAUUUUGCGAGACGAAAUGGAGUCGAAUAGCGUGCACGUGACGUUUCAGUUGAAAUUCGACAACAGCGUUUUCGAGGACAAUCUACCGACUAUAAAUCUAGAUCAGCAACAUCUGAGCAUCAGGUGUAAUCUGUUGAAACAUAUUUUUCCCUUCGGUAUCGUUUUCCGACCAGACAUGACGAUUAUCGAUAUCGGCAAUUCGCUCGAUCUCGUUCUGCCGAAUUUGGUUGGGCACAAAAUCAACCACUGCUUCGAUCUCAUCAAGCCAGCCGAAGCAUUCCAGUUCCCGACCAUAAUGGCUAGAAUGAACAACUCGUUCGAGCUGCUGUCCGUCGAGCCCGUGCUAGCCCAGAGGAACGACGAACCGGAGGGCUCCGUCGAUGACUUUGAUCUCGAGGACGAGGAAAAAAAACGACUCAAGUUAAAAGGCCAGAUGAUAUACAUCGAAGAGUGGAAAAUGAUCAUGUAUCUCGGAACACCCAAGAUCCCCGACUUGGCCGUUUUGAUGUCGAUCAAUCUGUACGUGAACGAUCUUUCGUUGCACGACUUUAGUCGCGAUUUGGUGAUGGCCGGUACGCAGCAAUCGGUCGACUUGAAGAUGCUCCUCGAGCAGAUCGAGCACAAGGGCAAAAAGAAGGAGGAGGCGAACAAGGAACUGUCGCGGGAGAUGCAGCGCACCGAGGAGCUCCUGUAUCGCAUGAUACCCCAAAACGUGUCGGACCGGCUGAGGCGAGGCGAGCAGCCGAUCGACACUUGCGAGAUCUUCGACAGCGUGUCGAUUUUGUUCUCGGACAUAGUGAAUUUCACGGCCAUCAGCAGCCGGCUGAGCGCCAUGGAGGUCGUCAAGAUGCUCAACUCGAUGUGGCUUGAGUUCGACAAGCUCACGGAGAAGCACGAGACUUACAAGGUCGAGACGAUAGGGGACGCCUACAUGGUGGUGGCGGGGGCGCCGGUGCGCAGCGAGGACCACGCCGAUCGCAUCUGCAACAUGGCCCUGGACAUGCUCGUGGCCAUCGGCAACGUGUACGAUCCGUCGAGCGGCGAGCACCUCAAGAUCCGCAUCGGCAUCAACAGCGGGGCCGUAGUGGCGGGCAUCGUCGGCCUCAAGAUGCCCAGGUACGGCCUCUUCGGCAAGCCCGUCAACGUCGCCUCGCGCAUGGAGGCCACCAGCGAGCCCAUGCAGAUCCACAUCUCGCAGUCGACGCGCCAGCUGCUGUCGCCCGUCCACCAGGUCGUGCAGCGUCCCGAGCUCCUCAAGAUCGACGAUAUGGAAAUGCAGACGUACUUCCUGGUGCAAAGUCGCGCGCCGAGGCACCGCAUCAAGAUAGAAAUAUCGACGCCGGCUCCGAGUCCAGGAGGCAGCAGCAGCAGCAAGAGCCUCUCCAAGCUCUCCAGCCCGAUUAACUCGAGGCCUGCCAGUCCGAGCGUCUAUUAUCAAGACGUGCGUCGCUUGUACUCGCCCGUCACCGUUGCCGAAGUCAUAUCUCGAAGAUCGUCCUACAUCUCGCUCGACAGUUUCGACGACUGA